AUGUCCGGAUCGUCUGUGGUUGGAGCAGUGGUGGAAGCGCUGUCUGAACAAUGCGAUCAGCAUCAAUCAGAAGCUGUCACCGGAAAAGAUGGUUCUUAUCGUAUCCGUGCAUUGAAACCUGGCUGUCAAUAUCGAGUGUCGAUUAAAGCCGGAGCUGAAGGAACAGCCGUUCCGCAUUGUUUCCCAUCACAGUUCGAUGUCAGAAUGACUGCUGAAGACCUUAAAGGUUUGGAUAUGGUAGCAGCGCCGUACGAUUCGAGCACGGAUCUCGCCGUUGAGCUAGAAUUUGGCUCGAUGCCAGUACCACAAUCGUACCGAGUGUCUGUGCAGCGUGAUGGUGAAACUAUUUCGCAGUCAAUAGUUCACGCUCCGGUUACGGUAUUCUACUUGAAUAAUUUGCCUCGCGAUAGUAGAGAAUAUUCCGUUCGUGUAGAGCCGGAUCGACCACCGCAGACCUUCCCGGCGAAAACAGUACCGCGGGAGCCGUUCAUUUUAGUGUUCUUCAUAACCGACGCACCCGUACGUGUGGUUCGUAUUCCAAUCACCUCAUCGAAACGCUCGGGUGAAGUGGAGAUUAGCGCCGGUUCUUUAUUAGCAUUGCCCUUCUUUGGACUGCUCGCCUUGAUUUUCUUCAAUCAGGGACGGUCAAUAGAGCUGUUCCGAUCAUUUGUUUCGAUAGUUCGUCCUUCCAGUCCUUCAAUAGAACGAAAGAAGCGAAAAUGA